AUGCCACCCAAUAAAAGAAAGAACAAAAAGAAAGUCCCGAAACCAAAAAAGUCGUCAGGCUUCGAAUUUUUAAAGCCAACAGUCCCAAAAACAAUACUUUCACCAAAUGGACAGGCUAAUAUGGAGAGUCAGGAAGCAUGUCUUCAUUUAUUCACAAUGGUCGUUUGUGGAAUCAAUUGGAAAAUGAGAAUGUUUCAAGACAAAGAUGGAACGGCAAGUAUCCAACAUAAGCUGAUGGAGCCUUUCAAAAUCGCUCUCUCCGUGGUCCAACGGGACAUUGCAACACUUCAAAAACUCCCUUCCUAUCCUCCAAACCCUUCAGAAAACGUGUCAAAAACGCUUCUAGAAAACCACGAUAGCCUAGAAAUGAUCCCAACCCAAAAAUACUACAAGAUCUGCAACGAAUACACACUGGCUCCAUAUGAUCCAGGAGUUGCGGAGAGUACUGUAUGGGAGACUCAAUUAUAUUUGAUCACUGGAUGGAUGAUGAUGUUUUUGCAAUCCGAGUGGAGAUCCAAUGAGCAAGUCUGCGAGAAACUUUGUGAAGCGAUGAUGGAUCGAGUGCCAGAGAAAAAACCAAAUAGUCUACCCCUGCCAACGACUCCAAUCACAAGACUCGGUCCAAAUGAAGAACUGAUAAUGGAGGGAAGUGAAGCCGCAUUUCAUACAUGUACCCUACUGCUUUGUGGAAUUAAUUGGAAGAGAAUUAGUGAGAAUGUUGACGAAUUGGAGUAUUACAAUUUUAGAAAUACCUUGUAUGAAAUUGUGACCAAGUAUUUGGAGCCUGGAGUGGCCAACCCAGUAAAAUACCAUGAAGUUGUCAAAAAUCUGCUACCCCUUCAAAAAGGCGAAUGGUACAAACACCUCCCAAAGGAGGAUCUCAACGAGACCCUCCUAGAGCAUCUGGACUCUUUCGAUGAGAUUCCAGCACAGAAACUUCGAGACAUGUGCCUGAAAUUUGGGGUUCGAGAGCCCCUGGAGCCACCGAAUGAAUCGGGAAAUUAUCUUGUGUGGAACGCCAGAAAACACCUUCUGAAAUCUUGGUUUGCAUUGUUAUUCUACGAUCAGCCACUAUUUCGGGAAGUGUUGAAUGUUGCGAUUCAGAAUCGAUCUCCAUGUAAAUGCUGCCAAGAGAGCCAACAACUGAAGCAUCAGGAAACCGAUGCUCAACUAGUUGCCAAUAAUAAUCAAUCGAUAAUUUAUGCAACAACUCCCAUCACCACAAUCAAUGAGGAAGGAGAAAAAGUGAUGAGUGUACAUGAGGCUGUAUUCUUUACUGUCAUUUCGGUGGUUUGUGGAAUCAACUGGAACGAAAUUGAGGAUGAAGAGAGGAAGGAAGCAUUCAAAGAAGAUUUGUUGGCAAUAUUGGAAGGGUAUCUGGAUUUGGAGAAUGGAACCUCCAUCUCUCUCCGUGACGUACUCAAAAACAUAAUUCAACUAAAACAGGACCCAUUUUAUGAGAAACUUGACAAAACCAAAGUGUCCGAGGCCCUUCUAGAAGAUCGCCGACAAAACGAAUGGGUCGCACCGCCAAACUACGUGGAGGCCUUCAGGAAAUUUGGACUGAGCAAUUUGGGAGCAACCACCAAUGAAUUUCAUACUGUAGGAGAAUUACGGGCGACACUUAUGAUAUCCUGGUACCAAGCGAUGUUUGAUGAUGGGGUGGAAAGAAGGGAACUGCAAAAUGCGUUUUGCUCGAAUGUUCUGUGGAGAUUGCCAUCGGAUAGACGUCCUAGUCAUCAGCAAUAUUUGGAUGCGCUUAUGGGUAACCUCAGUAUGGAUGAUAUCUAA